AUGCAAAAGCUCGCCAAUAUGCGUCACUGGCCCGAGAGGAUGAGCCCAAACUUCGGCAUGUCAUCGAGACCGAACAUGAACAUGACCGCUAUAAAUCCACACCAGAAGGCCGGGGCUCCGGGAGCUUCGUUAAGUCCCUCGCCUGCCGCCGACUCUACUAUCCACUUCGCCUUUAACGUUCCGUUCGCCUCAGACCUCGCCGGUCCUAACACAGAGGAGAUAUUGCACGCGACCGGAGAGGCUGUCUUCCGCUGGACGCAUCCGGGAGAUGCCCCUGACGACGUGCCUGUCUACGAGUUACCCGUCCAUGCUCAGAAUCUAGUCAAUUUGGAGAAUUUAUGUAGGGAGUUGACGAAGGGUCCUUUACCAAUCGAGGCCCAUGUUGUCUCGAAAGUACCCAAGGGAUUCAAAUCGCAAGUCACCACGGUGUGUCUUUCCGGUUCCCCGGAACUCGUCCACAAAAGCCGCGAGACCAUUUUAAGUGACACGCCCUUAGCGCUGAGGUGUACUACUGUCGACGUAGAUUAUGGGUUGAUCGUCGACUCCCAAGCCGGCGCAUUACAGAAAAACGUUACCGAUGCCUUAGAUACUUUUGCUGUUUUUUGCGGGGUCGAUAUCUUUAUUCUAGGCCCAAAACUCACUCCUACGGUCGACGGUCUUAACGGCGAUGUCGAAGUCAUUCGGGACCAGAGGUGGAGGGUUGCUAUCUACGGUGAUAUCGAGUCUACAGAACAUGCCAAGACUCAGGUUCUUAUCUUCAUUGAUAAAUUGCUUGGACGUCAGUUGGACUUAAUGCGUUUCGAGAGUACUCUUCACCCCAUCGUUUGCGGUCGUUCGCGUAAGAACAUCAAGUUGAUCGAGUCGGUAACGAAUACGGCGAUUUACUUCCCGCCAUUCGCUCAGUUACAUCGAUAUUGCCCACCGAACGCGAGUCGACGAAACCCAGAGGAAAUAUUCAUUACCGGCGAAAACCCGCAAGGCAUUGAAUUAGCUAAGCGCAAGAUCCAUGAGCUAGUGAACAGGACGAAGCUAUUCAUCAAAGAUGCCGUAGUGUCGCCUCCAAAGAUCGAUAGUAUCCUUCUUGGACGAAUGGACAAGGUUCGAAAGAUCAUGGAAACCAAUGGCACAUACAUCAUGUUCCCUCCACUGGCUUCUCAACGCAACAUGAUCAGGGUUCAGGGUGUUGAAGGGCUUCACAUCGAACGCACCAUGAAGGAGAUCAUGUCUCUCGCUGGCCAGUUCUACUUUGCGUCGUGGUGGAUCCAGCAGAUCGGCAUAUCUCAACUCCCGGGUCCUCAGGAAAUACGCACCAUGCUUGGUGAUAUCUCUGCCAAUUCCGACGCCGAUAUCUCCUUUGACAAAAUGACCUUCACGAUCAAUGGCUCCGAUGAUGCUGUGAAGCAGGCUUUGGGUGUUCUUUCGCAAAUCGAGUUUGUGAACCGAACCCAACACCAAAUUCGAGUCAAGAUCGAGCUUGCCAACGAGCACAAGGAAUUUGUCUCAGGCAAGAAGAACGGCAAGAUUAACAAGAUUAUGACACAGAGCAACGUCCAAAUCAUUUUCGACAGUUUUAGGGAGUACAAUUUCGACAUCGAUGUCAUUGCACCAUCAUAUGACUCUAUGAAACAAGGAAUGACCCUAGUUGAGCAGGAGAUGCCUGCUUCUAUCUCUUUUCAUGUUCCUGAUCAGUAUCACAAACGAAUCAUUGGUAUCGGUGGUCAGCACAUCCAGCGUAUCAUGAAGAAGCACUCUGUCUUCGUCAAGUUCUCGAACGCUAUGGAUCGUGGAGGAAUGGGACGCGAAGAUGACGAUGUUAAGGUGGACAAUGUCAUCUGCAGAACGCCGGCUCGAAAUGCUCAGAAUCUUGAGUUGGUCAAAACUGAGAUUCUCGACAUGGUGGAUAGGGCGCACUCCGAGUUCACUUCCCAGAUUGUACAUGUUGAUCGCCUGUAUCAUCGACAGCUUAUCUCCCGUCUUCAAGAGAUUGAAGAGCUAGAAAAGAAGUGGAAUUGCAAGAUCGUCUUUCCGAGCACCGAGCAAGCUAGCGAUGAGGUUACGGUUACCGGCCCGGAAUGGCAGGUGCCUCUAUGCGCUGACGAGUUCCUGGGUAUGGUCCCAGAAACUCACGAAUUGAUCUUGACUCGAACUCCAUCGCUAGUCAAAUUUCUCGAGUCACCUGAAUUCGUGAACGAGCUCGUGUCGAAGUUAAAGUCCCAACACGAGGUGACACUCGAAGUGCACGAGAAUCCCGAAGAGAAAACUGAGGAAGGAGAACGAACAAUGACUUUACUCUGGAAACUCACCCGCAACAACACUGGUGGCCUUCGCGAUGCCAUCGAUUUUCUUAUGCAGCAAUUCGCAGCCGCGAAUGUCGAUGCCACCAUUGUCAAAGGUGCAAUUCCCCGUCCUAAGUCGGACUCGUUCGAAGACUCGUUACAGUACUUCGACUCCAAGUUGCUGCAGCAUGCCCCUACCUCUGUCGGAACCGAUUCGCCCACGAAAGCGGCUUUCGGCGAGGAUAUGUCCCAACAACGAACCACCACCAUCUUUGACAAGCUUCGAAAGCCGUCUCAGCUGCUGUCUUCCCUAGACCGCAGAAAGAACAGCUCCCAUUCGAUGAACACAUUCUUCAAAGGCUCAAGCAAUGUGUCCAAGUCGUCUCUCAUUUCGAUAGACUCGACUCGCAGCUUCAAUGCUGACCGAAACCCCUGGAAUGAUAGUGGCGUCAAUCUUCCAGAUGAGGACAACCACCCAUGGUCAAGCCGUCAUUUUGGCAAUGGCUUCGACAACAAACUGACGCCCAACAGCAUCCCACACGGCGGCGACAUCACGCCACGUCACAGUACGCGUGCGUCUGGCGAUAGUGGACGACCGUCGACUUCUCAUUCUACAAAUUCAGGAUACCCCGGUCCAAUUGGACCAUACCGUUAG